GCUGAACAAGUUGGCCUGGCUUGAUGCAUGCCACCGGCAUGGAGCACCUAAUCCAGACCAUGCACCGAUGACCCCGGUCACUCCUACCCGUCUAGCAGCUAUGCACGAAGCACCUAAUCCAGACCGUGCAGGAGCUGACCCAACUACUACUCGAAAUAUUAUAUAUAUAAACAUGUCGCACGCCGCCAGCGAGCUAGAGACGCCAGGCCACAACGACGGCUGAGUAGCAGCAGCUAGCUAGGCCAGAGAUGGCGGCCUCCGCCUCGGCGACUCACGCCGCGGUGCUCGCCGCCGUCGUCCUCCUCCUCCCGUCCCUCCUCGCGCCCGUCGCCGUCGCGCAGCCGCCCAAGGGCGCCAAGGCGUUCUGCAUCAGCCAGUUCGCCAUCGCCAGCCAGGCGUGCUCCAUCCUGCCGCCGAGCCCUCCCGACGAGCACCACCACCACGAUGACGAUGACGAAGACGACGACGAGCAUGAAGACGACGACGAGCACGAAGAUGACCACCACGACGACGAGCAUCAUGACCGUGUCCGCGUCCGCGACCGCCAUCAUCACGGCCACCGCCGCGCGGCGGCGGUCAGCAUCUCGGCCCUGAUCGCGAGCAGCAACGGCACCCGCGGCGCUGUCGUCGCCGGGAACCGCACCGGCGGUCACCACCACGGCAACCGCACCCGCGGCGGGCACGGGCGCGGUCGCCGCGGCCGCCUGCGGGACGGCGAGGACGACGACCACCACGACGCCGACGACCCGGAUCACGACGACGACCAUCACGAGGACGACGACGACCAUCAUGAGGACGACGACGACCACCACCACGACGCCGAUGACCCUGACCACGACGACGACCACGAUGACGACGACGACGACGAUGACGACGACGAUGACGACGACCACCACGACGAGGAGCUCCGGGCGUACCGCGACUGCUGCCGGUGGCUCAAGGAGGUGCAGAAGGACUGCGUCUGCGAGGCGCUGCUGCGGCUGCCGCCGUUCCUCGUGAAGCCGCAGCACACGUACGUGGUCAGGGUCGGCAGGACGUGCCAGAUCACCUACCGCUGCGGCGGCGUCUAGCUAGCUCCAUGUCGCCGGCCGGCCAGCCGCCGUUCACGCAGCUGCCGCGCUUGUGGCCGGAGUUUGAUUAACUGGGCGGCGCGGCGCGGCGGCGUCGUCCGUGUUUGCUUUACGAUUACAUGUUUGGUCAUUUUGUUCACUUAGGUGAUAUAUUAGGUACAGUAGUGCUUAUGGGGUGUGUCGAUCUAUAUACCUAUGGUUGAAAUGUUGGCUGUCCAGUAGUUUUGAAGGAUAAUGUAGUCCCUGGAAAUUUUUCUACUACAUGUCACCGGGCGUCUGCUAGUGCUAGACACUACUGAUUAUCUACCAUCUAUAACAUGUGUUGAUGCAUUUAAA